AUGACCAGACGACAUUCUUUCUGCACAACAUGGAUCGCUGAGCGUGAAGGACUCCAUCAACAACUUACUAUGUCAUCUAGUGAGAAUGUCAUUACCGGUGACCUCAGCACUGGUCUGGCUUCAGGGACGAAUCCGUCGAGGACACCUAAGAGCAGGAGUAUAGAGUAUCCAUGGGAGAUCUACAGCCUGAAGGAGCUCCUGCAGGCGACCAACAACUUCAACGACAGCAACAAGCUCGGGGAGGGCGGAUUCGGCACCGUCUACUGGGGCCGCACCGCCAAGGGCGUCGAGUGGGCGGCGCCGCUGGUGGACCGCCGCAAGUGGGAGCGCAUUGCGGACCCGCGCCUCGCCGGGCGGUUCGACGCGCAGCAGCUCCGCGCCGUGGUCGAGGCCGCCAUGCUGUGCACGCAGAGCAACGCCGAGAGCCGGCCGGCCAUGGCCGAGGUGGUCGAGAUGCUCAGGUUCAGUGGGGAGCGGCGGACAACCAAGGAGAUCGUCCCGGUGGUCUCCGCGAGCAGCGAGCUAACGACCCCAGACCUGCAAGACGUCACCUGCAGCAGCGAGCCCCUGGACAGGCGGAGCUAG